UCCCGUCGUCCUUUGCGGUCUCUUCCUGUGAAGGACAAGGUCGUGAGUGAGGGCAGGUUUGGGCUUUGCGCCUCUUUCUUUCCCCUUCGCAGAGCUUCCUCCAGCACCAUGUUGGGGCAGAGCAUCCGGAGGUUCACAACCUCCGUGGUGCGGCGCAGCCACUACGAGGAGGGCCCCGGGAAGAAUUUGCCGUUUUCUGUGGAAAACAAAUGGCGGUUGCUGGCCAUGAUGACCUUGUACUUUGGAUCUGGUUUUGCAGCACCUUUCUUUAUAGUGAGACACCAACUGCUUAAGAAAUAAGGAUGUUUUAAUUCAUCCCCUUUUGCAGGUA